AUGAUCUCCCGAGUUGCCCUUGCCGCCCCACGAGUUGCCACCCGAGUCGCUGUCCGACCCUUGGCUGUCUCCGCCCAGGCUCGAGAUAUCGACACCGCCGCCAAGUUCAUCGGUGCUGGUGCUGCCACCGUCGGUGUUGCUGGCUCUGGAGCUGGUAUCGGAACUGUGUUCGGCUCCCUCAUCAUCGGUUACGCCCGAAACCCAUCCUUGAAGGCUCAGCUCUUCUCCUACGCCAUUCUCGGAUUUGCCCUCUCUGAAGCCAUGGGUCUCUUCUGCUUGAUGGUCGCCUUCCUCAUCCUCUUCGCUUUGUAA